UGUAAAAAUUUUUAUUUGGGGCAAAUUUUUUAGUUUCGUCGUUUCCUUGUCUUCCUAGCAGUUGUAGUUAGUAGAGUAGCCAAGCCUUCGGAUAAAACUAUCAUCAUGCCUAUUAGCGAAGAAACUAUGUAUUACGAGUCAUUAGCUGUGAGGGAAAACGAUCGCAUUGAGCUUGUGAGAGAAGGGUGCAACAAGAAGAUAAAGGGAGACAUGGAAGAUCAAGAUUUUAUCAGCAUGAUUGAGGAUGGUCAAAGCGUUUACAACGUUUGCGCUCCUGUGACUACUGUAUUAGAUAUUGAAAAUGAACAAAAAUCGACAGGCCCUUUGUUAUUCGAAACAAAACUCCAACAGCAAAUUCAAGAUUCUCGUUGGGUGCAGGAGAUAUUAUCGAAUGAAAAAGAAUUGAAAGCCUUGUUAAGCCGGGACGACGUGGAUUUCAGUCGAACUGCAGAGCCUGCUAGAAUAAACGAUGAAAAAUUGGAAACUGUUGUGGAGCAAGACGAAGUCGUACUAACACCUACACAUGAAGUGAAGGACAAAAUUGAUGCAUGUUCGCCUGAUGCACAGCGCAUGAGCGAUUGCAACAUAAGCGGAACUGAGUCAGAGGAUGUCGAGUUGAUCGAUCUCACAAAUGGUGCAUUGCCGUCUCCCAAUACUUCCGGCAAUUCGGUGCCAGACGAACUGCUAAAUUGCAUUGAACAGGACCAGUGGCAAAAGAAGCUCGUCAAGCGCAAAAUAGUGAACGUCGAUGAAUUGCUCGAGAACGUCGGAAUGAAACUUCUUUUGCUUGAAAGUCCAAAGUCACUAAUGGAGCAAAGUCUGGGCCACUAGAAAUUUUUUCACUUUAACAAGAUUUUAAGGGAAGUCCGCCAAGUUGGUCUGGCUGCCGAGUAUGUAUGUUCGCAAUUUUAAGCAAAUUCUCUUUUAAUCUUUGCAAUAGCUUUUAAUAAACGAUGUCCUUCGAUUUUA